CUUUGGGAUGGAUCUUUACAAAUCUUGUUUCUUCUCUUCAGCUGAAGGGUUAUCCUUGCGAAAAGAUCCCUGAUGAGGUGGACCACAUCCUUCGGAUCCUGAAUUUGGAGGAUAAGCGCCAUGCACGAUCCAAAACCCUCUCUGGUGGGAUGAAGAGGAAGCUUUCCAUCGGCAUUGCUUUAAUUGGAAACUCAAAGGUGGUGAUGUUGGAUGAGCCCACCUCAGGAAUGGACCCCUCAGCCCGCCGGGCCAUCUGGGACCUGCUGCAGGGCGAGAAGCGCGGCCGCACCAUCCUGCUGACCACGCACUUCAUGGACGAGGCCGACCUGCUGGGAGAUCGGAUCGCCAUCAUGGCUAGCGGAGAGCUACAAUGCUGCGGCUCGCCGCUCUUCCUCAAGAACAAAUACGGUGAGACCACCUCAAGAUCAUGA